AUGAUCUCUCGUGCGGUGGCUAUUGUGCUCUCGGCUAAUCUAGUUUUGUGCAACAAUUGUUAUUGGAAUGAUGGCAGUUCCUACCAGUUGUUCUCGUCCAAAACACCUUAUGACACAGUGAGAGGGGACAUAAGGGACUAUCCCGUACCUGAGAACUGCAGUGCUGUAACUGUUUGGUUGCUGAAUCGGCAUGGCAACCGCAACCCUGGUGACGACGAUACUGAUGCUAUGAAGGUCAUCGCUGGACUCAAAGACGAGAUUGUAGACAGCUUCAAUGCUGGCAAAAGCAAGCUCUGUGCCCAGGACGUCGAUGAUUUCAAGAGAUGGAAAUGGAACGAAACUAUGGAAGUGUCACAGUCAUAUCUAACAGGAACAGGCUACGAAGAGUUGUACAACAUCGGCAGAAGAAUCAAGGAGAGAUACCCUCAUCUCUUGAAAGGGUCGCAAGAUGACUUCUACUUCAGGACAACUAAUGAGCAAAGGACAGUUACCAGCUCGAUGGCAUUUGUACAUGGUUUAACGGAAAAUUCCAACUUAAGUUUAGUAGUUGACGGACCUUGGCCAAGAGAUGACGUGAUUAGGCCCUAUGAAAACUGCGAUAGAUACCAGAAGGAGGUAAAAUAUUCCCAAGAAUCAUCAGAUCAGUUGGACGCGUACUAUAAGAGCCCCGAGUAUGUUGCUGUUCAAAAUAAUGUGCAAAACCGCUUGGGAAUACCUACCCAACUGUCUGCUGAUGAUAUUUAUACUUUUUAUGACCUCUGUCGUUACUAUCGCUCCUGGGAUCCUCAACUGAGGAGCCCCUGGUGCUCUGUUUUCACAAAGGAGGACUUGGUAGUACUGGAGUACAAAGACGACGUUAGGCAUUAUUACAGAAAUGGAUAUGGUUCAUGGAUCAGUGUAAGCUUAGGCGGUCCAGCGGUGAAAGAUCUCUACGAAUCCAUGGAAGCAUCUAUUCAGGGUAAUGGCAAGAACUUGAUCGCAUAUUUCAGUCAUGACACGAUGAUCGAGAUGACCGCCUGCGCCAUGGGUCUGUUCAAAGAUAAUGAACUCUUUGGAGCCACUAGAAACCCUGAACGGUUGUGGCGGUCUAGUGUCGUCGGAGCUUUUGCUGCGAACAUUAUGGCUGUACUCAACAGAUGCGAAACCUCCGGUCAGCAAUCUUACAAAGUUCAGCUGUUCCUGAACGAGAAACCAAUCGAUCUUUGUCCCUUGGAAGGUUGCGAGUGGAAGGAUUUCCGAGAGAAAUUUCAAAGCUUCUCAACCGCUAAUCUUGACUUCUGCAUCUAG